AUGAGGCGACAGGGACAGUAUGGUGAUGCAUCUGCCAAUAGUUACGGGGCUUCACAGAUGCAUCAUCAUCCUCAUCAUAUGGUUGGUCAAAGGGUGGAAACCAAGUCUGGUAAUUUUGAGGGGCGACUAGAGGCGUUCACUCCAGAAAGAGACAAUCCGUAUCCAAAUUCUAAGCCAGAGGGUCAGUGGAGAUGGGAAUCGGAUGAAUCGAAGAUUUCUAAUCCUAUGAUGUCUCACAUGUUUAAUGAAGGUCAAGGGGGUGAUGCUUCAAGGUCCUAUUUUCAAGGGCAGAGGCCUGAUCCUAAAUUAGCUUUGCAGAGCCGGAGCAACAGUGAUUCCAGGUCUCAGGCCCAUGGAGAAGAUAUAGACGUUAGAUAUGAAGGAAAUCAUUCAUCACAAACUUUUGAAGGUCUUGAGCAGAAUUUUCAUGAUGACAUUAUUAAGCUGACUAAAGAACAGCAGGAUGUUGAAGAUGCAGAACAUGCCAGGCACAGAGAGAAAAUAAAUGCAAUCAACACUCAAUAUGAAGAAAAACUGGAAUCACUCCGAACUCGGCAUGGAAACCGCAGGGCUGAAUUUCUUCAAAGGGAAUCACGCGCUAGACAACAGCAGUAUGAGCAGAUCAUUCGGGAUCCUUACUCCUCCAGUAGUGGCAUGACACCCAGAGACUCUCAUGCUCACAGCAAUGUUAAUGCUCCAGCUUCCGUUGGAGAGCCCCAACGAGGCUAUUCCGCUGAUCACUUUGAUCCAUACAGAGAGCAAUCUCGAUUUCUUGGGAAUGCAAGAGAUCAAGGAUUCGAACCUAGAGGUCCUUAUCCCGGGGGACGUGUCUAUGACACUGGUUCACGUUACUACAACUGA